UGUCUGUCUGUCGGAUUUUGUAUGUGUGCACUCGUGUCUCAAAGUCUCGCAUUUCCUGCACAGCGCCGGUAACGUCUCUGCCUUCGUCUCCGUCUCCAUCAACAUCUUCGCCAGCGCCAGACAGACAAACUGAGGCAAAAACAGUUGAGCUUGAGAAGCGUCGCGACGCACCGCACCGCAGCGCAACGCAACGCGACACUGACACUGCCCCAGACUUAGAGUCAGCGUCAGCGUCAGAGAGUCGAAGACGCUGACAGUGGCAAUUGUUUGUCCGUCCGGUCGUCGCUCCUUAACUGCCUCAGUCUGUCCCCGUCUCGCACUUUCGCGUGUGCAAAAUUGCUCGCAAUUAUCAUCGAUCGCAGUAUUUGCUAGCACUGCAAAAUCCGUUCCAUUUGCCCCGUUUACCUGAGCAACAGCAGCGCUCCCCUAUGCCCAUUAGCCUGAACCGUGGACUCCCCCGCAACACAAGCGUCCAACACAAUGCUGCAGCACACGAUGACGAAGCGUAAAACGCUAAUCAUUGCCUGCUUUGGCAUUGCACUGGGCCUCUGCAUUGGCACCGUAUUGAAAAACUAUCGAGCCCUGGAGAUUGUGAAGCGCUGCAGCAUGCGGCCAACGAAUCUCAAAUCGCCCAACGAAAUCAUCGGCCUGAACGAUGAGGACACCAUACAGAACUCUCAGCGCAAUUUGGUUUUCGUGGGCGUGAUGACGGCCAAGAACUUUAUCGAGGGUCGUGCGCGUGCCGUGUACGAUACGUGGGGCAAGGAGGUGCCCGGACGCAUUGCGUUCUUUAGCUCGGAGGGCAGCUACUCGGAUGAGCUGCCGGUGGUUGGGCUGAAGAAUGUAGACGAUCGUUAUCCGCCGCAGAAGAAGUCGUUCAUGAUGCUGUAUUACAUGUUCGAGCACUAUAUUGAUCGGUUCGAGUGGUUCAUCCGUGCGGACGAUGAUGUCUACAUGGAGCCGGAUAAGCUAGAACGAUUUCUGCGCUCCAUCGACAGUUCGAAGCCGCAGUUCAUUGGACAGGCGGGCAAGGGCAAUAGCGAGGAGUUCGGUCUGUUGUCCCUCGAAUUCGAUGAGAACUUUUGCAUGGGCGGUCCCGGUGUAAUACUCAGCAGCGAGACGCUACGGCGCGUCGCACCACACAUACCCACCUGCCUGAAAAACCUGUACAGCACUCACGAGGAUGUGGAAGUAGGCCGAUGUGUGCAGAAAUUUGCUGGUAUUCCCUGCACCUGGAACUACGAGAUGCAGUACAUUUUGCGGCACAAUUCGAGUGGCCGUAAUGCGUAUACGGGCAAGCUGAAACGCAAGGAAAUACACAAUGCCAUCACGCUGCAUCCCAUCAAACAGGCGCCGCUUAUGUAUCGCCUGCACUCCUACAUACAGGGCCUCAAGGCCGAGGAGCUGCGCCAGGAGUCGCUGCUGCUGCAUCGCGACAUCAAGCGGAUGGCCAAGUACCUGGAUGUGCCCGAUGACAGCACCUACAUGCUACCAAGCGUCUCCCCCGGUGCCAUUCCGGAGAAGGACACUGGCAAACGGCACUUUGAAGAUCACAAUAUUCUAGGCAUUAGUCCCGAGCUGAAUAAAUUUGUGCCCGCGAGCACAGCGGAUCUGCUGGACUGGUCCUUUAUAGCACGCAGCCUGUACUCGGCGGGCUCGGCCAAUCCCAAGCAGAAAAUUGACUCGGCGAUGCGCGAGGGCCUCGAGGAUGUCAUCACGGAGGUCAUGGAGAACAUCAACUAUUAUUCACGUCAACGUGGCCGCGUGAUUGAGUUUCGGGAAUUACUGUAUGGCUACCACCGUUUGGAUGCACUGCAUGGCCAGGAUCUCAUAUUGGACCUCCUGCUGAUCUACAAGAAGUAUCGCGGCAAAAAGAUGACAGUGCCCGUCCGGCGCCAUCUGUAUGUGCAGCGCGCCUUCACAGGCAUCUUUGUCAAGGAGCUGGACGAGGAUUUCUACAAUGUGACGCUGCAGCAAAGCUUGUCCGCUGCAGGUCUGUUCGGCAGCCUGCUGCAUAACGGUAUGGCACGGCUCAGCAGCCACUUUACCAUGGCCAGCAAUCUGUUGACACCUCCGCCGGACACCAUUGUCUUCGUGCUGCCUAUUGCCGGCCGGCUGGCCACCUUCCAGCGCUUUCUGUCCAUCUAUGAACGCGUUUGCCUUGUGGCUGCACAGCACUGCGAUCUGCUGGUUGUCAUCUUCGGGCAGCCGGAUGAGCUGAUCGAUCAUCUGCAGCAGCUGAACGAGCUGCGCAGUCGCCACAUAUACCAGCAGAUCAAUUAUAUUCAGCGCAGUGGCCAAUUCUCGCGCGGCGUCGCUUUGGACAUUGCCGCUCGCUCCUCGUACAUACGACAGCAGGACAUUAUCCUAUUCAUCGAUGUCGAUAUGGUCUUUAAUGUGGAGACACUGCAGCGGGUGCGUAUGCAUACGCAGCGUGGUCGACAGGUGUACCUGCCCAUUGUGUUCAGCCAGUACGAUCCGAAGCGUCGGAAUGGAGCCAGUGCCUCCGAGCAGGUGCCCAUUGACGAUGAGAAUGGAUACUUCAGGCAGUUUGGCUUUGGCAUUUGUGCCAUAUACAAGUCGGACAUACUGGACGAUGACAUCAAUGGCUUCGACAAGGAUAUAACGGGCUGGGGCCUGGAGGAUGUCAAGUUUCUGGAGAAGAUUGUGCGCGUUGGCACGCGCCAACAUGGCUUUCUGUCCAAUACGGCUGAAGUGCCGCUCGACUAUAACGAGGCAGCCGAACAAUGGCGACGCCUCAGCGUGUUCCGUGCUCCAGAUCCAACGCUGGUGCACAUCUAUCAUGACAUUAACUGCGACGUGCAGUUGGAUCCGCCGCAGUACAACAUGUGCCUGGGCACCAAGGCCAACUCGCUGGGCAGCACCCGGCUCAUGGAGGAGCUGUUCUUCAACAAUCGACAGAACAUCGACUUUAUUACCGAAUUUAAUCGACAGAAGCAUCAGAGUAGAUGAUGCGUGGGCGCCACCCAAAUCCUGGCAUGUUCCACUAUAGUAUUAUGCUUCAAGCUUCCUAUCAGUGUGCGUGUGCGUGUGUGUGUAUGAGUGUGAGUGUGACUUGCUGCUAGCCAAAAUGCCAAAUGAAUACCUUAGAUAUGCUGCAGCGGAAUGGAUGAGAGCGAGUAAGAGACAAGUAUGGAAGUCGAGAGAGGGAGAGAGCUGCACAUAA